GCAUCGGCCCUGGCGAGCAUUGAGAAGCGGCGUCGGGACUUUGUGAGAAGCCUGGGCCCAUGUCCAAGUGGAUGCCAUGAUCUGGAUAAACAUGUCCUCCUUGGGGGGCUUGAGCGUGGGAGCGUCGUUGGGAUCAGUGCCGAGGACGAGGAUGGAGUGGGUUUGGGUCUACAAGUGCUGGUGUGUUCCCUGCUGGACAAGGUGGUUCAUAAGGUACAGAUUAUAACGCCCAAGCCUCCUAGCACUAUCGUCGUAUUGCUCAAGAACAGCAUCACGGCGGAGCUCAGGGCAAGAGGCAUCACGGCUCUUGAUGGGGCUGCGGUGCAGGAAAGAGAUUGCCUUAACAGAAUCAUGCUCUCACGUGUCUUCGACAUGGAUGGGCUGUGUGAGGUGCUUGCUGACUUGGACGAUGCGGCUACGUCUGAGGUCCGGAGGUGUGCCCUGAAUAAGCCGGAAGUGGGUGACGCACAACCGGUAGAGAAGACGGAGGCCAAGACACAGCUUGCGGCAACCCCUAACAUCAUUCUCAUCACUCACUUCUCCUCCCUCCUCACUAGCUUCUUCACACAGCGCGACAAUUCGGCCGCUCACGCAACCCUCCGCCUCCUAGCAUCCCGCCUACGACGCCUCUCCAGAACACUCUCCUCCAGCCCUCUCAUACUUCUCAUCAAUUCCACAGACUCCGGUGCAACGGCAUCCACACCGGCGGCCCAUUUCCCAGAGUCUCACAGCUACGACAUCCCGCCACCAGAGCAACCAUCCAAGCGGAAACCUUCCAUUGACCCAACUCUCCGCUCUAUUUUCAACCCGGCCUCUCCCUCAUCUGGGCAUGCCAGUGGAUACAAGCUGAAUAAGCCGACCUUUGGCCUCGUCUUCACACAACUGCUCGACAUUCAUCUCCUCUGCACACGAGCUCCACGCCCUGGCAAAGCCUCUUUACCGCGUGCCCUGACUCUUAUCGAGGUGCUGCUGGAUGACAUUGGCCUGUGGGAAGGUGAAAGGGGCCUUAGAAGGAGAAGGGAACAACGUUGGACAGUGGUGGCUCCUUACAAUGGCCGAAUC